AAGUUGUUAAAGUACACGGAUUUUGAAGAUACAGACGUGUGCUCUGUUUUUCUUGCUGCCGCAGAGCGCGCGGUCGACGCCGAUUUGCACGACACUCGUGCAGUCUCUGAGCGAAGAGUAUUUCUAUCAUUACUGACGAUGAUUUCGUACAGCGGCGUGCUAUAUACUUCGGAUCUCAUGGCGCAACUAAUGGAGAUGGUGAAGUACUCCACCCAUGCCAGCUCUCGGGACUCGGAUGCACAGCGGCUCUUGCGGUAUGCCGUGCGUGGUUCCAGCGCGGCGCAGGAUGAUUUGUACCGCUCGUUGUGGCUUAAAGUGGAGAUGGUGGCCGAUAGCCGUGUGUUGGGUCGGUACAUUGGCGCGCGCGAGCCAUGGAGCCCAAUCCGCGUGUGUUUUGACGAGAGGGGACUAUUUAAGUCCUACCCACCGCUUGUACAUGCCUCCGCCAAAAAGACCUCCGCGAUUGAGGCGGAUGCCACGAGUGGUAGUGGCAGCACCACGAUGGAAGAAGAGCAACGGCAGCAAAGUGAACGACAGGGCAUGUCAACGGAGAUCACGUCACAUACGAGCGAGGGUGGGGAAGAGAUGGUGGAGGGAGUGCGUGGCGCUGUUGUCGCAGAAGCUUCAGAGGCCUCUGGCGUGAAGGACGUUGCGCUGCAGGAAGCAUCCCAUGGUGAACAGCGGACGGUGGAGGCGUUGGAUUUGCGCUGGGACGAUAUACACCGUCUGAUUGAGCGAACACGCGCCCUCACAAGUCCACCCACAGAACGGCACCCGCAGCAAGAGAAGAUGGAAAUCUUCACUGGCAUUGCUGUUUAUCUCCGCACAAUAGCUACCGGGCGACGUUACUGCAGCGGCGAGGAAGAGGCGGGGGGAGAGUAUCCAGCUGAAUCACGGGAGCGGGCUUUAUUUGCUGUCGGUUAUGAAUUAGACGUGUGGGCAAGACUUUUUGAACUUGUGCAGGAAGUCCGCCAUGAUAUGGAGAAAUUCAUCACGGACAAUGCGGCGCAUCAUGUGGAACCGGAGUUUGAGUGCUGGGAGGCCCUUCUCAUUACACUCCGCUGCAUCCUGGACUUUUGCGUGGUGCGGACGCAGGAAAAGGGCAAAGAGGAACGGGCUGCUGUGGAGGAGCUCUUUGAGAAGACGAUGAAACUGCGCAAUGAACUUGUGGAGGAGAGCCGCACGCGAUUCGGCGGGAGGAUGCGAAUCUUGUGGCUGCAGGAGGCGUGA